CGAUUGAAUUGUUAUUAAAAGAAGGGGUCUCAAUUUGCUCACUCAGUUGAAAAGUACCUAGAAGCACGAAGAUUCAAAAUUGGAGAUAAGUAGUCAAAAUACGAAAAUAGACGCCAAAAUCGUAUUAAAAUCACCAGAGCAUUACAAAUAUUUAUACCUAGAUAUUGUUGGAUAACGGUUACUUCCUUGAUUCGGAAUAAUACAAAUAAAAUGUGAUAAUGGCAAAAAGCUGAAAACGAUUUAAAACAGAUAUUCAAACUCUGGAAGGAGGUUCAGUAAGUUCAAUUCACCAAACACAAGAAUGGCGGGGCCAAAUUUUACCCUCCUAUCGGGGUUACUAUUGAUGUACAUUUCUUUCGAAAUUGUGACAUCACGAUCAUUGGAUCAUAUUACUAUACCACACAAUGCCAAAACUGGACACUUAGUCGCAAAAUUUGAACAAUUCGUGGAUGCAUCCAAAACAACUCUUCACGAACUUGGAACACAUUUAGGGGAUAUCUUUCAACUUAGUCCAAUGGGGGACCUUACUACAAAGUCUGAUAUAUCUCAUUUAAAAGGACAAACUUUGGAAUUCCCUGAUAGCCGGGUGUAUCCAGUAAAAAGAAUACAUAUAGCAGAUACAUCUGGAUUCCUCAGAUCCCAACGUGAUCUUUACAAAGGAAGUAUAUAUCAAAGUAGCCCCAAAGGCUCCACUGUGUGGAGUUCCAAUAGUAUUUGCUUCGACCAAUCAAAAGAUUCAGAGCUAUCAUUUAGGCUAAUUGGUGCUGGGAGUGAAAAGUUUACUACCCAGAAAGUGAAAAAUGUCCAUAACUGUGUUCAAAUUGCAACCACAUCUCAAAUCGAUGACCAACCAAACACCAUAUAUGAUCUCACUCUCACCGCUAACGAUGGAUUCCAUUCUGCAUCGACCAGUAUCAAAAUCACUGUACACAAAUCACCGUUCGCCGUAGAAACCAACGACAUCCCAGAUGACGAUGAUGACACCAAACCUGAGACCACACAACAUUCCAGGAAAAGACGCGCAGUUGAUACAACCACGAGGAUAUUUGUACUCCCCGAAGAUGUUGAUACAACUAUGGACCUCUUCAUUGUCAAGAUUGACCAACAAGAUUUAUCUCAUCGAUUCGCUAUCAAAGAUGCUGUUAACUCAAGCCUCCAAAUUGAUGAUCAGAAGGGUUCAAUUAAGCUGAAGACUACCGAAAGACUAGAUAUUACAGUACAACCAGAAAUCAGCUUCGUUGUCAUCGUGACCAAGACAAAUGACGCAGACUAUGAACACGAACUGCCACACAAGUUCGUCCUGCGACCUAAGGAUGAUGAAAGGCCAAUUUUCUCUAACUUACCCCGCCCAAUGUUUAUUGCAAUUCGUGUAAACACCCAGCCAUAUACCCAGCUUUACCAUCUGAAGAGUAGAGAUGCUGCCCUGGGGGGAAAGAUCUUCUAUAAGAUAGAAUCAGGUGCUGAUGGUCGGUUCAUGGUGGAAAAUGACACGGGUAUUGUGCGAACUCUUGGUGAGAGUGCAUUUGACGCUGAUGCUAGCUACGUCGUUGCACUCUCAGCUGAGGACCAUGGGGCCCCUGGAAUGAAAAGAGCAACCCCCAUACAAACCCUCACUGUUUUUGUGGGUGAUGCUGCUCCAAGGUUUGACAUGGAUCGUUUCACUGUUGAUCUGCACGAGAAUACACCAACAAGUGAAGUUAUCGCCAACAUAACUGGGAUGUCAUACGACGGCCAACAGCUAAGGUACACUAUGAGCCCACUAGAGGGCACUCCAAACGACCUGUUCAGGUUGAACCCUGACAACGGAGAACUGAAAGCAUUGCAACAGCUGGAUUACGAGAAGGACCAGCAGGUGUAUAAGUUCAAGGCCAUCGCUACGGAGCUUGUCAGUAGUGGAACAGCACGAACUGCAGAAUCCUAUGUUGAUGUAUUCCUCCAUGAUUUGAAUGACAACGCUCCCUAUUUUCAACUGGCCUAUCACGUCGUGCGAGACUUCAAUGAGGAGAAUACUCAGAAUACAGAAGUCACGAAAGUUUCUGCCGUUGAUAUCGACAGUGGACUUAAUGGAGAGCUAGUUUAUUCAAUAAUUUCCGAAACCGAAAGUGAAUUUUUCAAUAUUGAGACGUCCGACAAUGUGGCUACAAUCACACUCAAAAAGAGUUUGGAUUAUGAGAUAGCACAUACUCACAGGAUGACUGUUCAGGCCACUGAUAAAGGUGUGCCACCAAGAUCUGGCACAACAGAGGUGAUCAUACACGUGGAUAACAGGAAUGACAAUGCACCCGUAUUCCUCCCAGCCAAUCAGGACAUUGAACUAUAUGAGAAGUCACCUGCGGGAACAAUUGCAACGGUGGCUCAAGCUUACGACCCUGAUGGUGAUGAUGUUACAUAUUCAUUCAUCUCUGGAAGUCUAACAUCUGGACCAUUUGAGAUAAAUGCCACGACUGGCGUUAUUAAAGUCAGGGAAGAUUUAUCAGCCACUACGAGUGAAUACACUUUGCAAGUAGUUGCUAGGGACAACGGAGCUUGUUGCCAGGGGAGCAAUUCUGGACAACAAACAACAUCAACAAUAAAAGUGACCUUAUUUGGGCUUAACACACCACCGACAUUUAGAUCAUGCCAAGAUCAGACGAUUCUGGAAAAUAGAGAUGCAGAUACUUUUGUUGUGAAGCUUGAAGCAGUGGAUCCAGAUGGCGGACAAAACGGGCAAACAAGUUUCAACAUCCGCUAUACUUCCUCCGAGGAAAAACUGUUUUCGAUCAAUGAAGAUGGUGAAGUGAAAUCUCUGAAACCGUUUAACCACGAGGCAUCUGAAAAUAAAUUUGGGGUGACCGUUGAGGUUUCUGAUAGUGGGUCGCCUCCGCUGAGUUCCGUUUGUUUCUUCUUUGUGCAAGUUACUGAUGAAAAUGACGAGGCUCCUAUUUUUGACGCAACAAGUUACCAAACAACAAUCAGGUCAAGCACAGCCACAAAUACUCGUAUAAUAAGGACCCUUGCGACAGAUAGUGAUUCUGGACUGAAUGGAGAAGUUCUUUAUUCGUUGACAACAAACCCAAAUAAUUAUUUCAGGAUUGAUGAAAGUAGUGGAUGGAUAAGCUUAAAUAGUCCUUUGCCUUCGGGUGACAGCCCAGACCUUGCUUUAGUUGUUGAGGCCAGAGAUAGGGGGAGCCCUGUAAAAACCAGUCGGCCAGUGGAUGUAACUAUUCGGAUUAGAAACUCAGGGGUGUUUCCUCCUGUAUGGGCAGAGAAUUACGAUCUUGGGGCACCCAUUAAAAUUCCGGAAAAUAUCCCACAAGACACUAUUAUAAAGGAAAUGAAUGCCAACCCAUCAGGCUUCAUGGGAGAAUUGACGUUCUCUAAACCUAACGGUCUCACGCCAGCUAUAUCUAAAAGUACUCAAGAUUUUGAUUUCCUUCAAAUCGAUGGAGUAAAUGGGGUGAACAUCACAACAUUUGAAAAUCUUGAAUACACGGACGUCAACAAGUACAUAAUAAAGAUGAGGGUUGCGAACAAAGUUGCCGGGACAGUGCAAAUGUUCACAGAUGCAUACCUUAAUGUUGAGCUUGAAGAUGUCAAUGACGAAAUUCCUGUCUUCUUGAGUCUCGAUGAAUCUGGUCGCUACCCUGGUUUUGUUGCAGAGACUGCACCCACGGGAACGACUGUGUUACGUGUACGUGCUGAUGACAGUGAUGGAACCAGUCCUAAUAAUAAGGUUACCUAUAGCAUAGUUGAAGAGGAUGACUGGAACGCUUUUCAAAUAGAUGAAGACACAGGUUAUAUUACAACAAAGCAGACAUUUGGAGCAAGUCAAAAAGAUGAUUUCUUUAUCACCGUAGAAGCAGAAGAUGGCGCUCAAUCAGCCAGGAAAAAUGUUGUUGGACCAAAUAAAGUUACUGUACCAGUCCAUAUCAAGAUUGUGAGACUGGAUAGCGCCCAACCAAUUUUCAACAAAACACGCAGUUUCACUGUGCCCGAGGACCAAGCUGUUGGUGACAAGAUUGGGACUUUAACAGCAUCUCAGUCUGAAAAAUCUGAACGCAAAGUUCGCUACUUCAUCCUUGGUGGUAAUACCCAGAAUACAUUUGGAGUGAACAUGACAAGUGGAGACAUCUUUCUUCUGCGUGAACUUGACUACAAGACAAAUCCUGCAUACACACUAACUUACAUGGCGUUCAAUGGAAUUUCCCAAAAAGAGACAGUAAUCGAGAUCAGCGUCACUGACAGGAAUAAGAAUGCCCCCGUGUUUAAUCCAGUAUUGUAUACUCCCAACGUCAUGGAGAACACACAAGUGGACACGUCACUCUUCAUGGCUUCAGCAACUUAUCCCGAAGACAAUAAUCAACCAAUCAGCUUCAACACGGCAGGAUACUAUGCUUCAGAUUCAAACAGCGUAAACAGGAAGUUCCGCAUUGAUCCAAACACGGGUGCCUUCAAUAUGCUAUCUCCAGUUGAUCGAGAUGCCAAAUAUGGACAUUCUUAUUAUUUGGUGAAUUUACUGGCAACUGUAUCGGCUCAACAGUCUAUUGAGAAUAUGGGAAUAUCCGUUGCUAACGUUACAGUUGGGGAUCAGAAUGAUAAUGCACCAUUGUUCGACAGUUGUUGUCUCCAUGGUUACGUCCAAGAAAAUUCGCCCAGCGAACGCAGUGUACUAACUGUCAAGACCAUUGAUCCAGAUGCAGAAGACAACAGUCGCAUCAUUUAUUCAUUAGUAGAUGGCGCUGACACACAGGCUCCUGAUGGGCGCCCCCUAUUCAAAAUCAAUCCUACUACAGGCUUGAUCGCAACAGCUAUUGACACCCAAAAUACUGAGUUACUUGACCGUGAAAGUGAUGAUAAAGAGUAUAAUGUAGUAGUUGUCGCUACUGACCAAGGAACUCCACAACUAAGUGCAACAGCUGUGGCUACUAUUACUCUCACUGAUGCAAACGAUAACCAGCCUGAGUUUACAGCGAGCCAGUACGGCACAAAUAUGCCAGAGGAAAUCCCAAUCGGUGGCAGCGUGCUUGAUGUUGACAUAAUGGACAAAGAUAUCGAUAUAAAUGCUGAAUACGAUUUGACGCUAUCAGGCCCAAAUAACGAUUACUUUUACUUUGAUAAACUGUAUGACGCAUCAGUUGGUGUACUGAAGAUUCAAAAGAGGGUAGAUUAUGAGACAUCUCCUAGAUCAUUUGACUUGACUGCCACUGUACGUGAUACACUUGGCCGCACAGAUACUGCAAGAAUAGUUAUCAACGUCACUGCUGUAAAUGAAGGUCCAGUUGUGACCCCUAGCUACAUUGAGUUAGAUGUUGAAGAGGACACAAAAGAGGGAGACACUGUCACUACAUUUAGUGCCGUUGAUGCCGAGGGCAACUCAUUUAGGUAUGAAAUUGAUCGAGAGACUGACUGGCCACAACAUUUUGCUGUGGAGUCUGUAGACCCAGCAACAGGGGCUGUGAAGAUCAAUAAGCUUCUAGACUAUGACAUGGAUGGUGCUGGUCCCCAUGUGGUCCAUGUAUUGGCCAUAGAUAAUGGCAACCCCAGCUCUACAGGCACUGCUACAAUGGUGGUGACAGUUGUAAAUGUAAAUGACAAUGGACCAAUCUUUGACAAAGAGUACAACCCAAUUGUCCAAGAAAACUCACCAACUGGCACAUACGUUGAAAAGGUUGGUGCUGUUGACCCUGAUGACGACACCUCAGACGGAUUCACAUUCAAAUGCGGGACACCUUGUGACGAUUUCUCUGUAGCAUCUGAUGGAGUAAUAACUACAAAGAAAGAGUUUGAUCGUGAAGCAAAACCUAUCUAUGAAGUCCCCAUCGUCAUAACAGACCAAGGGGGCCAAUCAGCAACCAGUACACUAUCUGUAAUUAUUGGCGAUGAAGAUGAAUCACCAAUCGAACCAGGAGAAAAAAAUGUAAUCGCAUACAGUUACCAAGGCAAUCCUACCAUUCCCCCUGACGAGGAGUUAGCUGAUACUGAAAUAGGAAUGGUACAUGUAGAGGACCCAGACAUGUGGCAGCAAAACCUGGAGUAUACAUUCGCUACAGAAAAAAAUAAAGCUUAUUUUACGGUUGACGAAACAACUGGUUUACUGUAUAUAAAGCCACUGAAGAUUCCUCCCGGAGAAUACAACCUGGUUUUCAAUGUAGAGGAUACGAAACAUAACGUUGAGGUCCAGUCCACCGUUAAGGUCACUGUUAUUGGAAUAUUUGAUGACGCUGUCUAUAGCUCGGGUUCUUUCAGAUUUAAGGGUACGACAGCCAAAGAAUUCAUCACAGCACCAUCUGGUGGUGGAAAAAGUAACUUUGUCAAACUUCAAGAGCUAAUUGCACAGAAACUGAACACUAAAGUGGAAUUUGUGGACAUCUUUAGUUUACGAGACGAUAUGUUUAAUGGUGAAAAAGUACUUGAUGUUCGCUACAGUGCACAUGGCUCCCCCUAUUAUCGUGAGGCCAAACUAAAUGGAAUUAUGGGUGAAAAUAUCGAGGAGAUUGAAAACUUACUGAACUUGGAAAUUGGCAGCCUGCCAAUUGACAACUGCAUCGCAGAGAAAUGUCCAUCAGGCGGAUGCACAAACAAACUGGUGACAAGCUCAAAGCCAGUUAUUAUUGACUCCAAUGGUACAGCCCUUGUAGGGGUUGAUACCAGGACGGAGGCAGUGUGUGAAUGCAGUCUUGGUAUGCCCUCUACAAAUGUACAGGCUUGUGGCCCAUUGGCAUGUCUCAACAAUGGGACUUGUACUCCAGUACCCGGAACAACAGAUGCAGGCUAUACAUGCGAGUGUCCACCAGGUUUUGAUGGCCCCAGGUGUCAACAGAGGAAACAUAGUUUCCAAGGCGACGGUUGGGCGUGGUACAAGACGCUCUCCCAAUGUGAAGACAGUCUUACUAGCCUGGAGUUUAUGACUACACAGGGGACAAACAGCUUGCUAUUAUACAAUGGACCUAUUAACAAAGUUGAUUUGAAUGAUCCAGACUCUGCUUUCCCACGAGACUUUAUCGCAAUCACAUUGCAAGAUGGGUACCCAAGACUCAAAAUAGAUCAUGGAUCUGGAGCUCUCGAAUUGACAAUAACGGGGAAAGAUAGCAACGGUGCACAAGUACUCAACAAAUUGAAUGAUGGGAAAUGGCAUAAACUUGACGUCUAUAGAUCUGGAAAGGACGUCAGAUUGGUUGUAGAUGACUGCGAUAGCUCUGUAGUCCCAUUCGAAGAUCGUAACUGGAUUGCCGAUCGAACCCCCUGCGAAGCUAAAGGCGUCACUCCAGGUGGAAGUAAAUAUCUGAACAUAAAGACUCCACUGCAGUUAGGUGGAAGAUCACGUAUGAGUAUAUCACCAAGUUACCCAGCUGGUCUCGUAACAGGAGGAUUUGUGGGAUGCGUGCAGAACCUCCAGCAUAAUGGAGAGCUGUACGAUCUGCACAUCGGAAGUGCUGGUAACCAUGAGAACUCCAAAGAUGGCUGCCCAAGGGAAGCUACAGGUUGUAGUGGUAAAUGCAAGGGCAGUUCGACAUGUGUUGCUUCUCUUGAUGGUCAACAUACAUGUACCUGUUUACCAGGAUAUUACGGGGCUGACUGCGAUGAAGAAUUUGAAGCAUCUGAUUUUGGCGCCAACUCUUACCUAGAAUGGACACCCAGGUCCUCAUUCAUCAGUAGCGCUAAUACGAUGCCCCGCAGGACAUCCGCCAUUCAGUUGAUGUUUAGAACUAGGCAACCAGAUGGCGUAUUGUUCUCUGGAAGUAAUGGUGACAAUAACCCCCUCUAUAGGAAAUAUAUAAUCAUCGAGUUGAAAGAUGAAAAAUUGCAAUUCCGUCAUAAUCUUGGCAACGAUGAUGAUGUCAUAAGAUUGACUGAAGUCUCAGCCAAUGAUGGAGCCUGGCAUACAGUGAAAGUAGAGCGAGUGGGGAAACUGUUCACACUGAAAAUGGACAAUGGAGAAGGUCGUUUCUUCAACCAAUCGGUAGGAGUGGAUUAUUCACUCCGUUAUUUUGUUCUCACUGGAGCGCCCAUAUAUGGAGGAGCAGAUGUCAUUGAUAAUACCAUAUAUGGAGAUUAUAAAGAUGGCUGUAUGAAAGACAUUCGCUACAAUGAAAAAUGGUUCCCCCAGACUGAUGAACUAGAGUCUGUAAGUGGGGUUGCUUCUGUGAGAAGUGUCAACGUGAAUGAGGGGUGUAGUGACGGCGCUGUUUGCAGUCCCCCUGUCCUAAACUGCCCCGCAGAUGAGGUGUGUCUGAACAUUUGGCGGAAAGCUGUGUGCGGAUGUGCCACGGGUAAAGCCAAAGCAGAUGUCGAUGGUGUGAGUGUGUGUAUAGAUAUAAUCACAUGCGAGCCUAACCCAUGUGAGAAUGGUGGCGUGUGCCAACCAUUUUCUGCAGCUUCAGAUAUCAGAAAUUACAGGUGUGUGUGUCCAGAUAAUUGCCUUGGUUACAAUUGUGAAACAUGUACAGAAGAGGUAGUAGCUGUCUCCGUGACAACAGGAAUGAUUGUUGCCAUAGUGAUCUGUCUCGUUGCUUUGAUUUUGAUACUCCUUCUUUGCGUAUUGUUCGUGAGUCGUCGUGACAAGCGCCAUCUAUUGCUAAAUGUAGAGCCGGAGAGUGAUGUCAGAGAGAACAUGGGUUACUAUGACGAGGAGGGGCCAGGAGAUGAAGACAUGCAUGCCUAUGACAUCAAUACAUUAAGAAAACCUGUAGACUCAGAGCCACCUAUUGGUCGCCCUGAAAAUACAAGACCUGUACAUAGCGGAGCACCCUUUGAUAGAGACCAACCAGACAGAGACCAACCAGAUAUAGGGGACUUCAUGGAUAAACGCUUAGGUGAUGCUGAUGAUGACCCAAAUUCCCCACCAUUCGAUAGCGUCAGGGAGUACGAAGAGGAAGGAUCCGGUAGUACUGCGGGAAGUUUGAGCUCUCUAAACACGAGCAGUAGUGGCGAUCAGGACUUUGACUAUCUUAAUGAUCUCGGACCAAAAUUUAAAAAGUUGGCUGAUAUGUAUGGAGCGGGACAAGAUGAAUAAUUAGAGUUCACUGUGCUUUCAUUUGAUGACAGAGUAGUCUUGCAACAAGUCAAACAGGAGAUUAAGCUACAUGUUUUAAGAGACUUGGACGUGAAUGUGUGUGAUGUUAUUACCCCCAGAGAUAAUUAACUCUCCCCAUCUCAGCUGGUUUCUUUAGGGACUAAAUACAACUAUUUCCCUUAUUAUAUAAAAGAAUAUACAGGCCCGUAGCCAGUUGGGGGUUCGACGGGUUCGAGUUAAUUUUUCAAAAAGUGAACCCCCCCUUGGCAAAUCCUGGCUAUGGGCCUGAUAUAUAUUGGCAAAUAAAUAUUAUGAAGUGUGAACUAUUCCGA